AUGAGCAAAGUAAGACUUCUGAAGAACCAGCUUCGUAGGGAGAAGUUGAAGAAGCGAAAGUUGAACAGCAAUGACACGGAUGAACAGAAACCAGUUCCCAAGUUACACGCACCCCCGAUCUCGCAAAGUGCAGAUACUCGCAAUAAAGAUGAAGAUGUGAAACCAAACCCUCUGGUCGAAAGUAACUUGUACAAAGAAUUCGAGAGUAUAUUCAGCAAGUUUGAGGGCUCUAAUGAGAAAAAGGAUAAUGAUAGUACGAAUUAUAGUGAUUUGGUGGCCAAAACAGACGAAGAUAAAGAUCUUGUUCUGGAUGAGGAUUCCGAUGAGUUUGAGCUAGAAGAUGAAGAUGUCAUAGAGUCGAAAUCGCAGCUUCAAAGACAGAAUAAGGUAUCCAUGGCCCAUCUCAAGGCAGUGGCUAGAAACCCUCAGGUGGUUGAAUGGGCCGAUGUUGAUGCAAAUGAUCCUUAUUUGUUGGUAUCCAUAAAACUGAACCUAAAUGUUGUUCCAGUACCUCUGCAUUGGUCUUCAAAAAGAGACUAUUUGGCCGGAAAAAGAGGUGUCGAGAGACCUCCAUUUCAGCUCCCAUCCUACAUUCUUGAGACAGGUAUCCAAGACAUGAGAAAUAGUUCUGAUGAGCUGACUCUUCGACAGCAGCAACGUGAAAAGGUUCAGCCGAAAAUGGGGAAAUUAGAUAUUGACUACCAAAAGCUUCACGAUGCCUUCUUCAAAUACCAAACAAGACCCAAGCUUUUGGGAUAUGGUGACGUUUACUAUGAAGGAAGAGAAACCACUGACGAAAAUGAAGAUAAACUCACAGAGGUAAAACCUGGAAAGCUUUCGGUGGAGCUUUUAAAAGCCAUGGGGCUACCAGAAAACGGGAAAACUCCUCCUCCGUGGAUAUCGACUAUGAGUCAGAUUGGUAAACCACCCACUUACUCUCAUUUACUCAUUCCGGGGAUCGAUAUCACAUAUGCCAAUGUGGGCUAUUUGGUUAAUGAUCAUGAAGUAUAUGGACAAGACUCCGAUGAUGGCCAUUGGGGAGAUGUGCAAGUUGAAGAAUCUUCAGAAGAUGAAGAUGAUGGUGAUGAGGAUGAGAGCGAUGAUGAGAGCGAGCCUGAUCCCACCGUUCAACCCACAUACUUUGAAGAGGAAAGUAGUAAAGAUACUGGUGAUGAAAUUGUCAUCCACCAAAAGCCUUCUAAUGACUCGUCAAAAAACAAAACUCUAUACACGGUUAUCAAAGAGAAUGAAGCUGAAUCUACCAAUGGGUUGCUUGAAUCUGAACGAAAGUAUCAACUUAAUGAUGACAACCCCACAGAAGAAACAACAAAAACAGAAGAACUUCAAGCAAAGCCUGCAAGGAAGUUUAAAUUCUAAUUAUACUAUACAUAAACACCUAAAAUACAUAAAACUUAUCACCAUGCACCACCAUUCUGGCCCAUGUCGCCGCCAAUAUUGUUGCCUAGAUUCAGGCUAAGGUUGUUUAAACCUCCAUUGACAUUGGGGUUCAUAGAUCCCAUACCUGACCCUGGAGUAUUCUGAAACUCAUUCAUAUUCAUUGACACAAAGGAAGCAUCAAACCCGGAAUUGUUCAUGUCAAGAUCCAUAGGGUCCCAUGGAUUCAAAAAAUUAAUGACAUCAGAAUCAAUUGUCUGAAAUAUCUCCUGGAGAGAAUUGGAGAAGAGACUUCCUUGUGAAGGAAUAGGAGGACGCUCAGGAUUGACAUCACUACUUGCUUCCAGAGCAAAUUCCUGAGCAAUGUUAUUGUUAUCUUUGUUAUGUUCCAUAGCUUCCUCUUUGGGAUCUCUGAGAUUCUCGAUUUCUUUACUGGUGUCAAUCAUCCUGACCAAAUUGGAGUUUUCGCUUUGAACUUGAUCUUGUGAUCUAGAAGGCUGGGAAGACCGUUUUCCCGUUGACAAGUGCAUCCAUUUUUCGAUUCUGGAUAAGAUAAUUGCCAUUCUCAGACACACAAUAGAACUGUACUUGUGUUGACUUUCAUGAAUGAGUUUAUGAACUCCUUCGAAGUACACCUCAGCAUUGAUUUUCAAGUCUUCUGGUUCUAUCAUCGGAGACCAUUUGGUGAGGUUCAGCGAGUUGAUUAAGAUCCUCAACUUUAUCAAAAGAAUCAAUGAGUGCAUAGGACGGUAGAAGAAGAAUGUGGGUAAGUUAAUAGUACGUUCCUGGCCGAGAAUAAUGAAGGACUUUAACAAGUUUUCACACAAUUUGAUCAACUUCACAAUGUAUUGAACAGGAGUGACACUUUCAGGUGCUUGCAUUGUGUUGACGGCCAAAUAGCCCUGGCCCUUUGUCUCACUCAAGAAAUAUCUGCUCACCAAGUUAUCAUACACUAUCAUAAGUAGCUGGUAGUAUAUCACAGAAAGCAAGUACUUUUCUUUGGGUUGAUCCUUUCCACUUUCAGGCUCUGGUGAGUCCAUAAAACCACUUUCAAUGAGAAGAGAAUAAAGUCGCUGUUCGUAGUUAUCCAAUACAAACUUGGUGUGGGAUAAUGAUGAAGUAUAUGGGUCGAGCAUGUUAUUGAAUAAAGCAUCU